CGAGACUGUCGUAUGUAGGAAGAUGUUUCUGUUUUUCCAAUCCAGAUAAAAACCUGUUGCUCCCAUGUGAAAACCGCACUAUUUUGAAAUGUAAACACGACUUUAAUAAUCGGUUUCGUGUCUCCAAAUGUUUUUUAUUUAGUUUAAGUGUUCAUUUGUGUGUUGUUAAAAGUUUUAAGUUUCUAUUUGUAACCAUGGGAUUAUCAGUGUCAAAAGAAGAGACUUCGGUACCAGAGGCUGAUACCGUAAUUUCUUCAAAAUUGCAUGGGAGACAGGCCAGCAUUAGGCAAAGUACAAUAAAAGCUAAAGCUAAACAACCGAUGCCCGAUCCUACGGAGCUAGAACGAAGAUUCACAAAAGUUUUGGCUUCUAUGGACUUACCCCCCGACAAAGCGAAACUUCUAAAAAGUUACGAUUACGAAAAAAAAUGGGAUAUUAUCUGUGAUCAGGAAAUGGUUCAAGCCAAGGACCCUCCUUCUUAUUAUUUAAAUAAACUACGCACAUACCUUGAUCCCAAGGCAUCUAGGAGUCAUAGGAAAAGAAAAAUGGUUUUGGAUUCAACUUCAACGCAAGUUCUUAGAGAUUUAGAAAUAUCAUUACGUACAAAUCAUAUAGAAUGGGUUAGGGAGUUUUUAAACGAAGAAAACCUCGGUCUCGACGUACUAAUAGACUACCUCAGCUUCCGUUUGGGAAUGAUGAGACACGAACAAAGGAUAGCGGAAUCUCGAACGUCUUCGGAAGAAAAAUUAGGUAGCAGCGCAGAUAGGACUCUAAACAAUACGACAAUCAACUUGGACAAGAGCAACGGUUAUAUUAGGGCUCCGUUGGACAUGCAGGACAGUCCGAGCCUUAAAAGGAGAUCGAAACACGUCGCCAAGUUGAACAUGGGACACUCCAAAGAUGAUAUUCACGUUUGUAUAAUGUGUAUGAGAGCUAUUAUGAACAAUAAGUAUGGAUUCAAUAUGGUCAUCCAGCAUCGCGAAGCCAUCAACUGCAUAUCAUUAAGUUUAAUUCACAAAAGUCUACGUACUAAAGCCCUAGUUUUAGAACUUUUAGCCGCCAUAUGUCUAGUCAAGGGUGGACACGAAAUAAUAUUAUCCGCCUUCGAUAAUUUCAAAGAAGUUUGCCACGAAGUCCACCGUUUCCAAACUCUCAUGGAGUACUUUCUCAAUUUUGAAGUUUUCCAUAUCGAAUUCAUGGUAGCGUGUAUGCAAUUUGUAAAUAUAAUUGUGCAUUCCGUCGAAGAUAUGAACUUUAGGGUGCAUCUUCAAUACGAGUUUACGGCUUUAGGACUCGAUAAUUAUUUAGAAAAGUUAAGGUUUACGGAAAGCGAAGACCUGCACGUUCAAAUAUCCGCGUACCUGGAUAACGUGUUUGACGUAGCGGCGUUGAUGGAAGACAGCGAGACUAAAACGGCGGCGCUAGAGAAGGUUUCAGAACUCGAAGACGAAGUUGCGCAGAUGCACGAGCGGUUGCAAGACGUCGAACAUAGCGCAUUAGAAAAGAUUGCUAGUCUAGAAACGGAACUAAUACAAGUCCGACAAGAAAAAGACGAAUUGGUCGAAGUUAAGAAAAAGGCCGACGAAGAAGUAUCGACGUUGAGACGAGUCGUACAAGAAUCGAAAAAUAGGCAGUCGAUGUUCGAAUCUAAGAUGGCCGAAUUGGAACAUAUGAGUAGCAUGCCGAGGGGAUCAUCGAUGUCAGGCAUUGCCGAUUUAGCCAAACAACCCAUAGAAAACCCCAUAGUACCCGUUCCACCACCGUGUCCUCCUCCAUGUCCUCCCGUCGCACCGGCAGCGCCACCGCCGCCUCCUUGCCCGCCCCCGCCUCCUCUGCGACCGUCCGGAAACAUUCCGCCGCCUCCGGCUGGAUUCAUGCAGGCUCCGGACGGAGCAAUGACGAUUAAACGAAAAGUACAAACCAAGUACAAGCUGCCGACCGUCAAUUGGAUAGCUCUGAAGCCUAAUCAAGUCAGAGGAACGAUAUUUAACGAGUUGGACGAUGAUAGGUUGCACGGGUGCAUAGAUUUUAACGAUUUUGAGGAAAGAUUCAAAAUUGGAAGUACAAAUCUAAUGUCGAACGGGGUCAACGAAACGGAUGGACUUCAAACUUUCCCUAGCAAACGAGGAAAGAAACCUGAGAAUGUCACUUUGUUAGAACACACUAGGUUGAGAAAUAUAGCUAUAUCUAGGCGGAAACUAGAAAUGACGCCCGACAAAGUCAUAAACGCAAUCAAUAUGUUAGACUUGAAACAACUGUCUCUAGAAAACGUCGAACUUCUCCAGAGAAUGGUGCCCACCGAACAGGAAACCAAAGCUUACCGAGAAUACGUCAACGAGAAGAAGAACGUCAAUCUUUUAACGGAAGAAGACAAGUUCCUGUUGCAAUUGACGAAAGUGGAAAGAAUAUCGGCCAAAUUGGCGAUCAUGAGCUAUAUCGGCAAUUUCUUCGAUAACAUUCAUCUCGUCACGCCUCAAGUACACGCAAUAAUAUCGGGGUCCAAUUCUGUGAAAAGUUCGAAAAAAUUGAGAUCCGUCUUAGAAAUAAUCCUAGCCUUCGGUAACUACUUGAACAGUAGUAAGAGGGGACCUGCGUACGGAUUUAAACUCCAAUCUUUGGACACCCUUUUGGAUACGAAAUCCACCGAUAAGAGAUUGUGCCUUUUACAUUACAUCGUUGCCACGAUUAGGCAGAAAUUCCCAGAACUGAUUAAUUUCGAUACGGAGCUUCACUACAUAGAGAAAGCAGCUGUAGUUUCUCUAGAAAACAUCAACACGGACGUAACGGAAUUAGAAAAGGGCAUGGAAGCCGUUCGAAAGGAAGCGGAAAUACGCGGUAGGGGAAGUCACAGUUUGGUCGUUCGAGAUUUCCUGGCGAACGCCGAAGAUAAACUUAGAAGACUGAAGGGCGACGCUAAGGUGGCGCAAGAGGCGUUUAGGGAAUGCGUGGAAUAUUUCGCCGAAUCGCCGAGAACGACGGACGCUAAUACUUUCUUUUCGCUGUUGGUGCGAUUCGUUAAAGCUUUUAAGACCUCUGAUCAAGAAAAUGAACAAAGAAGGAGGUUGGAACUCGCUGCGCUAAAUGCAAAUAAUAAAACUAACGAAGAUGUUCAAAAACGAAAUAAAAUAAAUCAGAAAAAGCAGCAGGAGGCUGUGAUAAAUGAAUUAAAGACAAAAACAAGGAUGGUACAGGAGAAGAAGCUGCUGCAACAGGACGAGGUGUACAACGGAGCCUUGGAGGACAUCCUGCUGGGAUUGAAGAGCGAACCAUACAGACGAGCUGACGCCGUCAGACGAAGCCAGAGACGAAGGAUAGACAAUAAUAGGUUAUCGAAAACUAUGGAGGAGUUGGAAGUGUAGAUAUUUUUGGUUUUUUCUUUUAUAGAUUUAGGUUAAGGUUGAUUCGGUUCAUCACUUGAAUUUUUUUUUAGUUUGUUUAAAAAUUAAUACAAUGCAUAUACAGGGUGAUUCUGAAUUACAUAUCCAAAAUAAUACUGUAGAGAGAUCUUUAAAAUGUUUGUUGUUAUAUGAAAUAGAAUUUUUAGGGCUUUGAUAAAACUAUUUUUUUAUUUAACAAAAAGUAUUGAAACGAUUUGUAUCAAAUUUUGAAUGCAUCACCGGUCUAAAUUGUCACAAAUCAGUUUUACAUUUUUUUAAUCGUAACUUUUUUUCAGUGUAACACUGUCGAAUGUUUUUCAUUAAUCUUCAAUUAAUCGAAAUGAGCGAUUAAUCGAAAUAAUAUAUUAAUCGACAUAAUCUAUUAAUUAAAAUAAUCGUUUAUUUGAAAUAAUCUAUUUAUCAAAAUAAUCAAUUAAUCGAGAAUAAUCGAUUAUUUGUAUAUAUUCAAUUAAUUAACCAAAAAAAGCUCGAAACAACGAAAAACAUUGAUUUCUACUUCCAAAUAAAAAAAUAAAAAAAAAGAAGAAAUUGACGAUGUCAAAUUUUGGAUUAGAUAUACAGGACCGUACAACAGUUCAAAUAAUUUCCUUGAAAUAUCAAUCAGAUUUAAAGAUUAUUAUUUGUCAAGAUAAUCGAUUAAAAAAUCAACUUUUUGCCUAAGCGAUUUUUUUGGAUGUCGAUUAAUCGAAUGAUAAAAAUACAAAUUUCGAUUAAUCAACAAUAACUGAAUAAUCGAAAAAAUCGUGUAAUCGAAAAUAAUCGAAUGAUCAAUUAUUUGUAUAUAAUCGAGUAAUCAAAAAUAAUCGAAUAAUCGAUUAGUCGAAAAUAAUCGAUGACUAGAAAAUAAUCGAUUAUUCGAAUAAUCGAUUAUUUGAAUAAUCGAUUAGUCGUCCAUGAUUGAGUGGUAAUAAUUAAAUAUUAUUAUUUGUCAAGAUAAUCGAUUAGGCACUGUUUAAAAAAUCAACCUUUCGCCUAAGCGAUAUUUUUGGAUGUCGAUUAAUCGAAUGAUAAAAUUCAAAUUUCGAUUAUCCGAUUAAUCAACAAUAAUAAUCGAAAAUAAUCGUGUAAUCGAAAAUAAUCGAAUGAUCAAUUAUUUGUAAAUAAUCAAGUAAUCGAAAAUAAUCGAUUAAGCGAAGAAUCGAAUAGUCGUACAUAAUUGUUUAAUCGAUUUUACGAAAACAAUCGAUUAGUGGUAAUUAAUAAAAAUUAUUAUUUGUCAAGAUAAUCGAUCAGACAACUAUUUAAAAAAAAUCAACCUUUUGCCUAAGUGAUUUUUUUGGAUGUCGAUUAAUCGAAAAUAAACGAUUAUUCGAAUAAUCGAUAGUCGAAAAUAAUCGAUUAAUCGAAUAAUUGAUUAAUCGAAAAUAAACGAUUAUUCGAAUAAUCGAUAGUCGAAAAUAAUUGAUUAUUCGAAUAAUUGAUUCAUCGAUUAAUCGAAAAUAAUUAAUAUAUUAAUCGAAAAUAAUCGAUUAAUCGAAAAUAAUUGAAUAAUCUAUUAAUUGAAAAUUGAUUAAUCGUAAAAAAUUAAUUAGUCGAAUAAUCCAUUAACCCAAAAAAAUAAUCGAAAAUUAUCGAUUGUUUUAAAAGAAUUGAUUAAUCUGUUAAUCGAUAACAAUCGAUUAAUCGAAAACAAUUGAUUAAUCGAAAAUAAUUGAUUGAUCAAAAUUAAUCGAUUAAUCGAAAAUAAUGGAUUAAACGAAAAUAAUCGAUUAUCGAUUUAAAAAAAAUGACGAAUCGAGUAAUAAUCGAUAAAUCGACGAUUCGAAAUGUAAUGUUAAGAAGUCUUGAAUAAAGCCCAUUUAUUUGAUCAUGAUUAUGCUUAAAUGAGAGAAAGUACUCAAAAUGACGUUAAUGAUCACCUAGGACUAAAAGUACCGGCCCUAAGAAUAUUGAAAAAAUUUAAUAAUCUUACACUCAGAAAAGAGUUACUAUUAAAAAACAGUUUUGGUAUGUGUGUAAUAUAAAAAACUGAUAAUGUUGGAACAAGUUGGACCUACGUUCAUACAAAAUUUGAUACUAAUCAAUUCAGUAGUAUUCAAAAAAUUAAAAUAGUUUUUUAAGGGGCCACCUUUACAGCCUCAUUCAGAAAAAUAUGGUUAUAUUUAUUUUCAAAAAUUAUUGCGAUAAAGUUAUUUAGAAUCACUUUGUAGAAAAAUAUAUUCCAUGAAGCACAUAUUUAAAAUAUUGUUAAGAUUUAGAAACGCCAUAUACAUUUAUAGUAUUUUACUUAAAAACUUAUACUAAAAUUAUUUAAGUGAUGGACUGUAAUUGUUACGAUCAUUGAUAGUAGACAAAGAAAAUAAUAAUUUGCUGCUGUCUCGUUAAAAAAAGCUUUAAUUAAAAUAUCAAAAUAAUUUUCCAUUUUUAUAUGGGGUGUUGCAUAAUGAUGUUACAAUAUUUUAUCAGGGUGUUAUACCAUCCAUUUUAGAGGGAGUUUUCAUAUAAAAUUCUGCAAUUUGUUAUUUGUUGAAUUUAAUUGUGUUUAACUUAGGCGCAACUGUAUAAAAUUUACCUAAAACAAGGACAACGAUUGGGAUGACGAGUAAGUUUUACAUACAUCAAUAGAUAUACAGUAUGUGCCAUAAAAUUGGUUCUAUAUGGAAUUUUUUGAACAUUAGUUUGCCGACGAAAUAAGCGUUGGCCGUCUCUCUUAUGAACCGUAUGAACAGUGACAGCUACAUCGGCUGCCGGAUACCUGCUGUUUUUUUUUUUUUGACGGGGUAUAGAAGAACUCGUUGUCAGCUUCUGCUCAAGUGAUUCUACUUGUCUUGUUUAUAAACGAUGGCACUAAUACACGAGCCAUUUUACUUGUAAAAGUUUCCAUACCGUGAGUAGUAUAUUGGACGCCUUAUACAGGGUGGUUCAUUAGUGUAUGACAGUCCAAUAUCUCGGUUGUUUUUGAAAUUACAAGAAAAUGUCAAAUACAAAAGUUUUACAGUUCACAGAAGCGCUUAUUGCAAAAAUGUUUUCCAAUAUACAGGGUGUCCCUAAAAAGCAAGGCAAAAACUGGAUAUUUUAUUUUAUUUAUGAAUUCUACUAAAAUAUCUAUUUUUGUCUAAAACGCCAUAAUAAUAUGUUUAAAUUCAAUUGUUUUCUAGCUGUGAACAAGUUGUAGCACCCAUACGGUUGAAAUUAGAGCAAAACGGUUUACAUGUCUCUGUCUUAGUUUUUUUAUACUUCAUACAAAUAUGCAAGCAAAAUAAUCCACUUUCGGUUUAGUUAGAUUUUUAUAUUUAAUUAAUCCAAAAGUUCGCAUAUCUGGAUAGGAUAUGAAAAACUAAGAUAAGGACAUGUAAACUGCUUUACUCUAAUUUAUAUAUAAAUCGUUUAUUUAGUCAAAAAAACUAUUUUUUACAUGUCAAUACAUCUUCACAUUUAAAAUAUAAAAAAUAUAGAAUCAACAUACAUAUUUAAAAUACAAUAAAAAAUACAUAAGAUACAGUAGAUGUCAACUAUUCAAAACAUAAUAAAAGAACAAGAAAGAGAAGAAAAAAAAAACGUCAAUUGGUCAACAAGUACUCACGCAGUUCACUUCCGAUUCUGACACCGUGGUAUCAACACUGAAAUGGCGGCGUCAGAAUCGGCAGUCAGGUGUGAAUGUCUCCGUCAAAAUCCUUAACAAGAACAGUCAUCGUGAAGUGAAUAUUGUCUGAUGUGAUCAGUUAUUAAGUAGCAAGAAGAGUGCGUCAAAAUUUUUUGAAUCUGAAAAUUACAAAUUGUCACAUGGUGUGAUGUGCAUCCUGUGACGAAAAUUCCUUUAAAAUAUCCACCUUUAAUACAGAAAACUCCAAUACAAUUACCUUAGGCCGAAUAGCCCUGGCAUCUGAGGCCUAUUAAAAUUGAAUUGAAGAAGAAGUACUCACGCAGUUUUAUUUUAAAUAUUGCCGCGUUUGAAGAACAUUUAAUAUCUUCAGGCAAAUUAUUAAAAGUCUGUACACCUUUAAAAAACACUGAAUUUUGUGUACAUUUUUUCGUUUCCAUAAAAACUCUUAAAACAUUUUUUAUUACGUGUAUUGUGUUUAUGAACAUCCUGAUUAUAACUUAAAAUAUUUUGUAAAUAUACUGGAGAGAUUCCUGAUUUAAUUUUAAAUAUAAAAAGCAGGGAAUAGAAUAGAAAAUAUUUUUUAACAGGCAACCUCUGAAGCACUUUCAACAUGGAAUUGAUCGGUUCCAAUCUCGAACAGCUUAGUAUUAUCCUCAUACCUCUAUUUUGCAACUUUUGCAAUCUUUGCAACUCAUUCUGGUUGAGCAAAUACAAUAUAGUGGCACAAUAAUUAAAAUGAGGUAUUAUUAGAGUAUUAUAAAUUAUUAUUUUAGCCACUUUGCUGAGAUGUGGAGAACAGCGCCUCAAAUAGUUUAUUUUAAAAGAUGUAUCAACCAUAAUCCCUAGAUAUUUAAAUUUUUACACUCUCUGAAACUUUAUUCCAUCAACAGAAACACAUUGCGAUGCUACAUUUAUUUUUUUUUUUUUAAUUUCCAGUACCUCCAAUUAACAUCCACUUUGUCUUUUCGUAAUUUAUUUUCAAACGAGUUUCCGUUACAAUAAUCAUAUAUUUUACUUAUAGAACUAUUAAUUUCUUUAAAACAAGUUUCAGUGUUUCAUGGGUAAAAUAUAUCAGUGUAUCAUCUGCAAAUAAGUGUAUUGAGCAUCUUUCGACUACACCAGCAUUGUCAUUAAUAUAAAUUAAAAACUGUAGCGGACCUAGAACACUACCCUGUGGCACCCCCAUAUUAUUCUCUAUAGUAUCUGAAACACAAUUACUUAUUAUAGAGCAUUCAAUAUAAAAACCGAUACACGUCAUCAAUCAGUUGUGAAGUCAUACCCUUGCAGUGUUGCCCAAUCUUCAAAAUAGUCUAAGAAUGUAGGAGUUUUUAAAACUAUGAGGUUAUGUUUUUUUGCCAUAUUAUUAGGAACAAUUAAUUUUAAAUGUAUAAUGAAUUCUAUAUAAAAGCUAAUGAAGGUCAUUGAUAAUGUUUAAAUUGAAGUUUUAGAAAAACACUGAAUUUAAUAGUAAUACAUUUUGCACAAGAGGUUUAAAAUGACAAAAAAAGGUUAGGUUAAGGAUGAAAAAACAAACAAAUUUUAUUUAGGCUUGAUUUAAUUUACAAUAAAAAAUAAUUAUGUUCAGUUAGUUUAUAAACAUCCAUAUUUAAAAGAAGUAACAAUAAUUAGAACAGUUAGGUAAUAAAAUUAACAACACAUGACAUUUUAAAACUUAAAAAUAAUAUUUAAUCUAAAAUCAGUCAGAAUAAUCAGAACUAAAAUCAGAAUCAUCUCUAUUUGGUGUUAUAAUAAUGGGAGCAAUUUCCAAUCGGUCCAGUAUAUGCUCUCUUUCACGCCAUCUAAAAAUAUCUUUUUCAGUGUGUCUUACACUGUUUGCCCACAUUUGUGGGGCAAUGGUUCGGAGUGCUUCAGACCACAUGUCUAUACAAUCUCUUUGUGUCUUUCCAUCCCGACCAAUGUGCCUGUUAUAAUAUUGUUUUGAAAUACCCCAAAUAGGUUCUAUUGGAUUAAAAAUACAAUGGUAAGGAGGAAGACGUAACACCUUAUGUCCAUACUGUUCAGCCAGCAUAUCAGCUAUAUAUAUUUUUGGUGGUUUAUUACUAAAAAAUAAAAUCAUUUAAAAAAUACAGAAAAAGUAGAUUUUCAUUACUUACACCGUCUAACAGCCUUGAACAUGGUGACUGAAUAAGGUAUGUUCUGAUUCGUCAACCACUCUUGAAUUUGAACCUUAGUCGAAUUACUAUUCGGUGUUUUGUGUGCCAAUGUGCUAUGGUAUGAAGCAUUGUCCAUUACAAUUAAAGAUGGUUCAUGCAGUCUUCGAAGCAAUUGUUCUUGGAACCAUUUUAAAAAAAAAUUCAUUAUCUAUUCAUCUCACCGUGAUAAUCAUAAUCAUUGCUUUUUGAAGCAAAUAUGGCCUCGGCACCAUCAAUAAAUCCAUUUUCGUUUCCAGCAUGAAGAAUUGUAUAUCUAUAAAAAAUAUCAAUAUACAGUUAACAUGUAUAUAUUCAUUAGUUUUUUUUUUAUUAACCUUUUACCAUCAACUUUUGUACUUUUUACACUUCUUUUAUUGCUGUCUUGCCAUGAACGGUUUAUGGUACCAUUUUGGAAAAUCCAAGUCUCAUCAAUAAAAACAAAUUGGUACAAAUUUGCUUCCUUUUCUUUGGUAUAUUUUCUUAAAAAUUCUGCCCGUUUCACGGCAAUAUCUGUAAGUUCCAUAAGACCUCGCAUUGGUUCAUCUUUCUGCCAUUUGAAACCUAUUUCUAAUAAUAAGGAAUGCAAUGAUAUGCAACAUCCAUUGAACAACUCCUUCUCAUUAAGUUUCCCCAACAAAGAAUCUAAACUUACAUGCUCCUCUUAAAUCAUACAUUAAUUUGUAAUUGUUUAAUAAUAAUUUAUAUACAUAUACACUUACUACGAGUAGACUCUUACAUGCUAUAAAUAACAUCUUGAAUAGCACUGGUAUUCAGAAUUCUUGUGUUGGUAACUUUCUUUUGCCUAUGGCGCUUUUUUGGUGGUGACUUUAGAACUUCACUGUUCUUUACAGCUUGUGAAAUAGAACUAACAGUGAAAAAAUUGAGAUUAAGUGCUUCUGCGACACGCUGAAACAAAAUAAUUAUAUUAAUUUGACGGUGAUACAUUAUUAAUCAACUCACUUCUCUUACAGCUGUUAAAGGUAACAAAGGCCCAUUAUUAUCACGUUCUUUCUCAAAAUAAUUUAUUAGAGAAUCCACUAGUUCCUUGCAGCGACUAUUUAAUUGUUUUGGCAUUUUUCAAUGAAAAAAUACACAAUAAACGAACACCACUAUUAAAUUUCUAAUAAAUUUGAUCUGAAAAGAACAGUUUGUUAAUAAUUUAAUCUAAAAUACAAAUAACUUAUUGAAAAGAAAUCGAUCGAUGCAAAAUAAUACAAAACAAAUAACAAUUGACAACAAUGUAUUAAAAUUGAAAGCUGACACAUUUGAUGCCAACUUUUAUUAUGAAAUUCACUAGAAAUUAUUCCGUUAAUAAUCUGCCUACUGUGAUAUGAUAAAAAAUACAUUUUUAAUAUGCAAUUUUAUAAAAAUGAACUCCAUGCGUCUAAAUUUAUUUAUUUAUUUGCAAAAUAAAAUUUAAUUAUUUUUAUUAGUGUGUGUGGUACCAAUGACUGUCACUGACGUCAUCUCUUACGUGCAUCGGUUUUUAUAUUGAAUGCUCUAUACCUUAACCUUCUGUUUCCUAUUUUCCAUAUAACGACCCAACCAGUCCAGUGCACAACCCCCCAAACCAAUAGCUCUUAAUUUCUGUAAAUCUAAAAAUACCGCCAGUUUAACCAAAUUAUUUUCAAUUGAUAACUUCCAGUCCAAGUUGCCUUGCUUUUUGGGAAAUAUUAAUUAAACAACAAAAUCAGACUCAAAGAAAUAAACGGGGCCCAAAUUAAAUUAAUUUUAAUAAAAUGCACACGUUCAUAACAACAUUCAUCACAUUGACAGUUCUAAUUUAUACGUCACACGUCGACGUCAAAAAACCAGCAACAUCGGCGACCUCUAGGACUGGUGUUAGUUUUAUUGGAGAGAGAUAAAUAUAUGUAAAGAUCAAUGUAAAAGAAAAAGAAAGCCAUAUAGGUAAUUUAAAUGGACCACCGAACAAAUUUUCCUAUUAAGUUACAUGUUUCUGUUGUCUCUGACCAUAGGCACUCUCAGUUAAAAUCGAACGCCAUAUGAAUCUUGUAAGGAAGGUAAAAUAAAACAAGUCUGUGCAUUUUGAGCACUCUGUCGUUGUCCAUGGAGCAUUAAACUGAAUGCUAUCAUUAUGAAUAAGGUUGGAGAAAGAAACAUCCUUACAUUACUAAGUUGAUACAGUUUUAUCCCCACGUUUAUCCUAGUUAUAGGAAAAGUUUUGUAGGUAAAAAGCAUUUGCAGGUAUCGGUUCAAUGACCUGCUCAUUUUGUUCUUUCAUUUACUUUCUACUUUUAUUAUUAAAACAAUUAAUACAAUAUUGCUCGUGAAUUGGCGGUGACAAACGGUACUAGACUCUCUAAAAAGAAACAAAAAUUUAUUUUCUUUGUCUAUGUGCUUACAGAAUAUCAUAACAUAAUUUUAUUUUUUUAUUUAAAUAUUAAAGAAUAAUAUAAUACGCGCACACUUUUGUAAAAUCUCGAAAUACUCUCCCAUUUAUAUUUUGUACUAUAUAGGUUUAAAUUGUGAUAUAAUAAAUUUUUAUUUAAAAAGAAAAUGUAUAUAAUUAUUUUAUUGAAUAUUAUACUUAUUACGAUAAAAUGCAAAUGCAUGGUUAAUCAACGAGUUGUCCAUUAGAUAUUUUUUGAAUAUAUAAGUAGGUAUUAUUUUUUUAAACUGUAAAAUGUACAGGGUGUAUCGUAAGUAAAUCAUAUAUUUAGCAGCUAAAUAUAUUGAAGUCCAAAAAAAGAUAAUUAAUAACAAAAUAUUUAAUACAGUUAAUGAGAAUUCUGGUUAGAGUUCGGUUUAUCAAAAUUAGAAAGACGAAUGGAAAAUUUGUCGAUUAUGGUGAAAAAUGCAGAAAGAAAAUCAUCAGGUAUAAAAAAAAGAUUUAAGUUCCUGGUAAGGAUCAAACCCAUGCCCUUUGGUGUAGCGUACUAAUAUCCUAAUCACUAGACUCGUCUAUAGUUAAGUUAAAUUUUCCUUUGAUUUAUUUUUCGCCUUGACUUUCUUUCUACAUUUAUCAAUCAAUUUAAUAUGUUAUUGCCAAAUCAUAUAACCCUUACAGACCUGAGUGUGCAAUAAUAAGUCAAACACAAUAUGUUUUAUUGUUUUCUAUUAUCAGAAGUCAUAAAAAGUCACUAAUUUUUUUUCAGAUUUUUCCAACCAUUAUUUUUACAAAAAAAAACCCGGCUACAAUUGUACCUUUUGGGUCUAUAUCACUUUUCCUCACAAUUAUGAGUAUGUCACAAUUGUGUAUUGCAGGACUACUAAUUAAAUAAUAGUAUUGAAUAAAAAAGUUUUUAUUAAAGUAAACAAAGGUAUCCAAUGUAAAAUUUAUGAAAAUGUAAUUUAAAAUGUAAUAAUAGUCCUAUUGAGACCUAUGAAAAUUGACAAAACAAUUUUUAUCCUUAGCUAAACAUACGUAAACAUUGCACUUGCUACAAUAUAUUCUUGUUCUGCUAGUACAAGAUUGUAGUCUGCAACAAGGGGAUGCUUUAAGUCAUUAUUUACUGGCCAAUGUUCAUAUCUAUCAUAACGUUUGUCAGUACCAGGAAAGGUAGCUGGAAUUAAUCUUUUCUUCUUAUGCUUCUCGUCUCCUGUUUCAUUAUUUUCUACAUCAGUUAUUUCCUCAAACUGAUUCCUCCACUUUCUUGUGCCCCAAUUAAAAACUCGCCAACUGCUAUACGAAAUGUCAAAAAAUCCUUUGAAUAUUAUUUGAUUUGCAGUCUUCAACAUACUCCAUCCAACUAAUGUAAUAUGACUUUAAACGCCCAUUUUCGCGUCUUGAAGAAAGUUCUGUAACACUCUAUCAUUUGAUCACAGACAUCCACUCCUCCCAUCUUUUUAUUUUAGGUAUAAAUGACGUUAGGGCAGCUGACUUCAACAAACUCUUUCAAUUUUGUUCCAGCGUUUCACAGUGGUUUCUGGUGUAGUUCCAAAAGAAGUGGACAACAUAAGAACCGCCUUGUUAUCCAUCCACUUUGUCAGUACCAUGGGAUUAUUAUCACUUCUAAUAACUGACUGCGAAUCACCUCUUGCCAUUCUUUUAUCGGGAAUGAAAUCGUAGCUUACUUGAAGCCUGUUUUUCAUUAUAGUACCAGUACCGUGGAUUUCUAUAUGAUUUAGCUGAGUUAAAGUACCUAUCGAAAAAUAGAUGACUUUUCUUUGGUAACUUGUGAGCAAAAUGUAGAAUUACAGCCGGUCCAAGUCCAUGGGCUUUGUGUUGAAAUGGAGUUGUAUUCCCCUGGUAGAUUUCAAAAUUUAAUACAACUCCUUUAGAAGUCGUCAAAACAAAAUUUUUGAAGCCAACAGGUCUCGGCUUAUUCUUGACAUAUUGUUUUAACGCACAACGAGACCUAAAAAAGGAAUCAUUUGCUCGUCAAUUGAAUAAGUUCCGUUUUGAGAUCUCUUGAGUUGCUGGCAUCUAUUUCUGACAUAAGUUAUCAUAGGCUGUAUUUUCCAAAGCCGAUUACUUUCUUUGUCCUCUUCUGAAAUUCUGUUUUCAUCUUCUGUAUGAAAGUUAGAACAAAGCAAGAAAAACCGAUCUCUAGGUAAUGUAUCGGCAAUGAGAGGCAAUCUGAAGUUGGCUGUCCAAUACAUCCUAAGUCUUGGAUAUUUUACACAGCCCAAAAUAGCAUAAAUACCGAAGAACUUCUUUACUUCUUAAGACAACAAAGGUUGUAAAGGUUUUCCAUUUUUGUUAAAAUAGUAUUGGCUAGUGCGUAAAGCACCCAGUUCGUAAAAUUCAUCACCCAAGUACCGCUGAAAAUAUUGUGCAGGUGACAAAACUUCUUGUGGCUCAUUUAAAGUUUCUUCAGGAAGGUCUCUUAUUUCAAAUAAUCCUUCUAUCCAAGUCCAAUUAGCCUUUGCUUUUUUACCCUUUUUUUGUAUGGCAGUAUCAGCAAGAGAAGGCGUUUCGUUUACACUGCUGUCUUCUGAUUCAGAUUCUUUUUCAGAAUUUUGAAAUUCAUCUGUAAAAUUUGAGGGUUCCCAAUCUUCACCUUCUUCCCCUUCAAACUCCAGAUCUGAGUCAAUAUCGUCCAACAUUUCAUAUAAAGCAUCCGGAUUAGCCUGAAGCUGCUCUAGAUUAAGUCUGCGAUUUGAACCUGUAAGAAAAGAAAAUUAUGUUCAUUACUCAUAUUUGGAACUUUUACUAUAGUUAGACCUGAAGUACACAAUUGUGAUAUCAAGGUGUUUCAAUAAAUUUAGUACAAACAUAUUUCAUGAAACCAUUGAUGAUACAAAUAAAUACAAUCAUUUGACAGUAAUAUACCACAAAGAAAUAUUUAAAAAUAUGGUGAUAAUACUUAAAAAAAUAUACUUACGUCGCGAAGCCAUUUUCGAUUAUACACAGCUAUUAUCGAUACCCUUUCAACCCAAAACAAAAGCUGACUGACGGUAAACUUGCACUUAAGUACACCUUUCACAAGCGAACGACGCCGGUCUCAAUAGCUUCUAAGCAUAUUCUGAACCUUAUGUACCUAAAUUAUAAGUAAGUCACAAUUGUAGCCAGACGGUCUGUAAGAGAUAUACAAAAUUCAUUGGUCUUUUUUCUUAGUAAUUAUCCUUUAACUUUGGACAUAAGGCUUUUAUCUUUAGUUAUCCAUCUGUGUUUUCCAAGUGGUACCCCAAAAAUAAUAACUUAAUGACGCCACUACCUUUGCUGCGUCCUCAACAUUGGUCUUUCCUUUACUUCAGAUAAUUUCAAUUGAAAAUUUGUCGUUUAUAGUAAAAAAAAAAAUGGGAAGAGAAAAUGAGGUAUACAUUCAAAGAAAAAAUAUCUGUUUUCGGUGGGGAUUGAACCCAAGAUAUUUGGUAUACCGUACCAAUAACCAAACCACUAGACUCACCUAUAAUCUAAUUCAAUUUUCCUUCGAUUUGUUUUUAUCCCUUAAAUUUCCUUCUGCAUUUAUCGAGAUCAUUUAAAUACAUUGUUGCCAAAUUGUAUUCACAAAAUUUAAACUCUCUAAGUUCGUGCGUUUCGGUCUUCUAAUGUUUUGCUUAACGUUCAUUUUUGAGCCAAAUUUUCGGUCAUAGGUUGAAUCUCUUCAAACGUAUUUGCAGACAAAUCUUAAAAUCCUAUACAAUUUAGUUUCCCCUCAAUUUAUUACAAUAUAAAAUUAAAUUCUCUAGAUAGUGUAAUGUUCAUUAUCAUUCAAUUGAGAUGGAAUAAUUGGAUGGUCUCCUCUAUUUGUAUAUAAAUAUCUUGAAAGUAGUGACUCAGAUUAUUGUUUAUUUGACAAAAGUUGAAGCAGUUACGCCACAUCCUGUACAGUAUGAAAAAUUGUUAUUUAUUAUUACUAAGAGAAAAAAAAGAUAGUGGGCAACUUUAAAUAUUAACCCUGCAGAUGUUUAUUCAAAAGUAAAUAAAAUGCUAUUUAUAAUCGAAUCUGUAACAUUGAUAGUUCAGUAUAAAAUGUUAGUUAUCUUGUUUUUUAAAGUGUUUUCUAUUCCUAAUUUAGGCCAUUUUUUUAUUUCCAACUACUCCAAGAGAAUGAAAAUGUUGCUCCAAAGUGCUUUAAUUUUUUUUUUGAAAUAAAAUUUAAAAGAAAGAACAUUCCCAUUGACCAAAUAAUUAUUACCUAUAGCACGAAAAUAUGAUAUUGGUGAUCUCUCGUUGAAAAAAUUCGGCAAUAUUUUUUACGAUAUUUUUGAUAUUAAAUAUUAAAAUUUUUAUAAUGCAAAAAUAGCGUUCUGUGUAAAUAUUAAUAAAAGGUG